CACCAUACAGCCAGAGUAUUCCAACAUUUGUUAGACAACACAUCAACCAAAUCAUAAGUAACAGCUCUUACACUUGGUGAUACAACCCUCCCAAAACCUCUAGCAUGAAGCUGUUCACCACUACAUCCACCCUGGUGAUCCUGGUGGUGUUGGGGUUAAGUCUGGAGAUGGUGACCGCUGAGGACUGUGACCUGCCAUCCUGUGCAGUCAUCUCUGGGCAGGAAGUUCGCUGUAAGAACCCUUACGCCUGGUUCGAAUAUCACCCUCACCCAACCAAUCCUAACUUGUACGUACAGUGCACAAGGUAUGGCCCUCAGGUGAUGAGCUGUCCCGAGAGUUUGAUCUGGUCCCAGUCGUCCAGACUGUGCAACUAUGACAAUAAGCCCAUUCCUGAAAACUGUAACUGCAACAACUGCUUCCUGCCAAACCCCGCUGAUGCUACUACCUACUACUGGUGCUUCGAUUCGAACGGUGAUGGAGUAAUAACACCCCACGAGCAAGCCUGCGCCCCCGGCACCACCUAUAAUCAGGCCAUCAAGCGCUGCACUUAAACUGCGCCUCCACCACCAUUUGCGCCACCCAGGAACACCUGGUGGAUAUGAUGACGAUGACUAUCUGGAAGAGCAGCAACAA